AAGACUGGUCUCUUUCAGGCUUGUGGCUGCAAGAAAGUGAGAUGGGCAUCACACCUGGCUGCUAAGAUCUCAAGAUCAAGGGUCAGUCCUACAAGAAGUUCCAAACAAGCUAAAUAUUCGAAGCCAGUGAAACAAACUGUGGUAAGUUAGCAAACUGUAAGGUUUCUGCCUCUGACUUGUAAUUAAUCUACAAGCAAGAAAGAAUGACUGAAGACUUGUAUGUUAGCUAUAUACGUCUGCUUCAGUGUACCAGGAACUAAACAAUGUACUUUUUAGCAAAUUCGUAAGUUUGUAGAGUAACCAUUUACACAACCUUUUUCUAAGAGGUUGAACAGAAUCAUUCUUUUUUUAACAUUCAUUUUGAAGGUUAAAAAUAGACUGUCAGUUUUUUUCCCUGUAUAGUCAAAUCCUGCUUUGUAAAUAAAAGCUUCAUGAACACUUUGUAAUUGUGGACAGUUCUCUUUGUCCUGGGUGUAAGCCCUAAUAUUUUCUAUUCUUUCAACCCACUGAAGGUAAUUCCCUUGAUAACGAUGUACUAUUGAGCAAUAAAAAUACACGUACAGGUGUAUGGGUUCAUGAGCCUGCACGCUUAUUCUUCUAAUGUGUUUAAAUUACUAAGUUACAUGCAAAAUGUUAAAAAGUUGAAUGACUGCCAAAAUUUGUUAUUUCAUAGUGCUCAGAAACAUUGCUUAUGUUUCCUUCAGUCUCUGCAUGAAAAGGGUUCAACUGUACAUGUGUCUUUGUUAAGAACUCUUUGUAUGUUAUUUUGUUACAUGUACAUAGAAUAUCAGACACCUUAAAUUAUAGAUCUUCUAACUAUGCAUAAAUAUGAAAUGUACAUUCCUGGUUAUCCCAGUAAUCCUGAUCAUCCCAGCCAUCCCAUCCAGUCAACCCAGUCAUCCGGUCAUCCCAGUUAUUGCAGUCAUUCCAGUCAUCCAUGUCAUCCAAAUCAUUGCUGGGUCAUUCCUGUCAUUCAAGUCAUCCCAGUCUUCCUAGUCACCGUGGUCAUACAAGUCAUUCCUGUCAUCCCAGUCAUCCUAGUCAUCCCAGCCAUCCUAGGCAUACUAGUCAUCCCAAUCAUUCAAGUCCUCCCCGCCAUUUUGUUACCCAAUUGAUCCCAGUCAUCCCAUGUAUACCAGUCAUUUCUGUCAUCCCUGUCAUCUCCAGGCUACCCACUUAAGCCAGUCUUCCCAGGUAUCAGAGUCAUCUUUCGUCAUCCCAGUGAACCCAGUCAUUCUCAUAAUUCUGGUCAACUUAGUCAUCCCAGCUAUCUGAUGGUCAUUCCAGUUAACCAGGGUACAUAAGAAAGUCAUUUUUACAGCUUGCUAGUCGGGCAAGCUUUAAUACUAGCCCAAACGCCAUUUCAACUAGCCCCCAAAAUUAUUUGAUGAACAGAAUUGAUUUCACACUUCUUCUGUAAGUUGAAUUCCUCAAAAUGCCUCACUUGCCCGUCAGGCAAGUUACAUUGUAAGAACAGAAUCCACUAGCCCAAUAGCAAAAUCCACUAGUCCCGGGCUAUCGGACACUACUUUCAUUCACCCUAGUCACUCUAGUAAUCCAAGUAAUGACACCAAACUCACCCAAAAGUCACCCUAGUCAUCCAAGUCACCCUAGUCACCCAAGUCAACCUAGACACGCUAGUCAUCCUAGUCACCUAAGUCACCCUAGUCACUGUAGUCACCCAAGUCAACCUGGUCACCCUAGUCAUCAUAGUCACCCAAGUCAACCUAGUCACCGUACUCAUCCUAGUCACCAUAGUCACCCAAGUCAACCUAGUCACCCUAGUCAUCCUAGUCACCUUGGUCACCUAAGUCACCCUACCCUAGUCACCGUAGUCACCCAAGUCAACCUAGUCACCCUAGUCGUCCUAGUCACCGUAGUCACCCAAGUCAACCUAGUCACCCUAGUUAUCCUAGUCACUUAAUCACCUAAGUCACCCUAGUCACUGUAGUCACCCAAGUCAACCUGGUCACCCUAGUCACUGUAGUCACCCAAGUCACCCUAGUCACUCUAGCACUCAAGUCACCCCAGUCACCUAAGUCACCCUAGUCACCCUAGUCACUGUAGUCACCCAAAUCAACCUAGUCACCCCAGUACUCAAGUCACCCAAGUCAACCUAGUCACUCUAGUCACCCUAGUCACUCAAGUCACUCAAGUCACUCAAGUCACCCAAGUCACCCUAGUCACCCAAGUCACCCUAGUCACCCUAGUCACUCAAGUCACACUAGUCACCCAAGUCAACCUAGUCACCCAAGUCACCUUUGUCACGCAAGGCUUCCAAGUCACCCUAGUCUCCUUAGUCAAACUAGUCACCCUAGUCACCCUUGUGACCCUAAUCACCCAAGUCACCUUGAUCACCCAAGUCCCCUCAGCCCUUGUCACCCUACGCACCCUAGUCAACCAAUACAGCUUGUCAGCAUUGUCACCCCAGUCAUUUAAAUUACCCUGGUCACCCCAAUUACCCUAGACGUCCUAGUCACCCCAGCCAGCCUAGUCACCCUAAUUACCCUUAUCAACUUUAAAAACUGCUGUUUUACCUUGUUAAUGUGUUUAUACAAUAACUGGUACUCUUACCUUGUUUUAUAAUGACUUGUUCUUCUUUUUGUAGUCAAGUAAAGCAGGAACUACGCUCAUUUAAUUUAACUUGUUGUUCAACUGUUCAAUAGGAUUUGAAGACUGCACUUACAAGACACCUGGAAAAACGGAGAGAUUUUGCCAAGCAGGAAGCGCGAAAAAUUAACAUCCCUUCCCUAAAACAAAGAAAGGCGGUUGGAGAAGAUUCCAUUUCUAAAGGACGCAGAGAGAUAAUAAUUGAGCCCUCGUGUUCAGAGGUAAUGGUAUAGAAAUUGGAAAUUUAUAUCCAAACAUGGGAAAAGUGCUUCAGCGGGAAAAAAAUGUAACAGUUUUUUUUUUUAAAGUUAGUUAUGUAAAUUAGGGUAAAUAAGGCAUUUACCUUGCAGGAUCUGAACUCAGCUUCACAAUUAAAGAAGAGACUGACUUGCUUACUACUCGGGUUUUUGUCUGUGUUAAGGCCUCUGUAGACUUGCAGACUUUAAAUUUACCGUCUCCUAUUUUGAAAGUAAAAUUUUUCAAGCGACAGCAUAAAAUUGUAAAAGACUCAAGUGGAUAGAGCGCCGGCCCGGUGUCUGGGAGGUCAUAGGUUCAAAUCCUGUCGGAGACUCAGAUUUUUUCUUUGUCCCACGCUCGUGACAUGCUGAUCAUUUCAUUUGCACAUUUGUUUCUCCGAGCUUAAAAUUUACCAUCUUUCAUUUUUUUACCAAGCGUAAAAUUUUUGUUUUAGUUCCAAAUUUUUAUUCUUUUUAGAACCCUGCCUUCACAUCAGAGGAAAACAGCAAAGUGACAGGUCAUUCAUUUCGUUCCCUUGGCUUAAGAGAGGAUAUACUGAACGGAUUGAUGGAUUUAUCAAUUUCAAAACCCACUAUGAUUCAGGUAUACAUCAGAAAAUAGCUCAACACUUUGUUCCAUAGUUUUUGUAGUCUUUACGUUGUCAAGUUUUAUUUUCAGUUUUAAUCACUGUUUAAUCUUUGUUUUUCUUUAUCAUCGUAGACGCAACAAAACAAUGCACUUUGAAUAAUUAUGUUCACGUUAAAAGACAACACAUACAGUGUAAAAAGAGAAGGUUUUGCGUUUCCUCGAGUGCGGAAGUUUUUCACCACAAAAAUAGAAAAUUACUUUUUUUAGUUUAGCAAGCACUCUAACUUCGCUUCAAAAACACUUGUAGUAGGCGUAUAGAGAAGAGAAGUCACAACGUCACAAAAACUAAAUUUUGAGAAAUCAUGGGAAAGGUUGGCGUAUCCAGAAAGAACAAGAUAAAAAGUCUCCACUUGGUCAAAAUGAGCCUGUUAGUGUAAAUUGAUGAGGAGAUGUAAAUAGCGUUAUUCUCCUUAAACGUUAGCGUUGUGACUCCAUAUACGUCCUUCUAAAAUUGACGUGGAUCGUAACCGUUACAAUCCAAUCCAAUUUUAGAACGAUUUGCACGGAUUCAUCAUAGUAUGAUGGUAGUCAUGUCUCCCCUCCAAUUUGCGCCAACAGGCCGAUUUUUGGCAAGGGUUUUUUUUUCAUAUUGUACAUUUACAAAAUCUCUCAAAUUUGAUUUUUUUAAUGACGCCACACAAUGCAAAAAAGGAAUCAGUAAGCCUAAUGUGGCUGGAAUAAUAGUCUUGGAUUGGAGUACAAAACAAUGAUGUCAUUAGUCACUACUGUCCUCUAAAUACAUUAGUACUAAAUGAAGACUUUUUUGUAGAGAAUGGCAAUUCCUCUUAUACUCAAACGAGAACAUGUACUAUGUGCCGCACAGACAGGUAACUUUUGCUUUUGGUGGUAGCUUCUUAUACUAAGGGUAACUAAAUGUUCGAUAUCAGAGGAUUUUCCCCCGAUGGUAACGAAGUCAAGCAGGAGGAAAAAACUUUACCGUCGACUUAGUUCCUUUAAUUUUCACUAGAUCGUAAGCCCUGCGCAUGCCAAUACGACUCAGACUGCGACUCUCAAUCUCCGCCUUUUGAACACUAACUGUUACAGUUCAGUAAAAUAGAUAUAUACCCAAAGAGGCAAUAAAAAACAGGAACCAGGGCCUUUUGUUUUUGUAGGGGGGACGAAAUCUUGCGUGGGUACCACAUAAGCAGAUUGCAAAACAUGGUUUUGUCGCUCGAAAGGCGAGGAAGCGUAGAUCCUUGAUUAUAUCGUGAGCUUGUCGCUCCUGUAGGGCGUGGGUGCUCAUUUUUUCAUCCCCACCGCGGACAUUCUGAUGGAACAUGGUCGGUAUUAACCGCACGAAUUCGAUAGACCAAUGCCAAAAAUAUACAACUGUUCUUAAACUAGACUCAUCGCUUGCGCAGACGAUAGAGCUUGUCCAGGCUACUCAGAUACCGAUUCUAAUUCUACUGAGUUUAACUGACUUCUAAACUUGAUCUGUGCUCCAGUGACAAGUGGUUGAAUGCCGAAUAUAACCGAGAGGAACUAGUUUUUGACUACCAUGUACCCAACAAACAUAGGGAAACGUAAAUUUUUGUCACCGAUGGUUGACAUGUCUUAUCAAAAUUUUAGGUACAGGAAAGACUCUCGCCUAUCUCUCACCGAUAGUUCACCAUCUGCGAGAUGAGCAGGAUCAGGGCGUGAUAUCACGUCUUAACAGACCUCGGGCUCUUAUUGUUUUACCUAACAGGGAACUUGCUUUCCAAGUUUUAGUAAGUGAAGUCAUCCUUAUUGUUAUUGUUGUUCGCGCCAGAAAGCGCAUAAGGCCUUUGUAAGUGGCAUGGUUAUGUAUAAAUUCAUAUUUAUCAGAUCCAUUUGGAUCACAAGGUGAAAUGACAAAACCAGUUUCCGACGUAUGCGUAACGAUUUUGAUUUUUCCUUUUUGACAAACUCUCGGCGAGAAAACAAAUAACGAUAAUUUCUGAGUAGUUUGUGCAAAUUAGAGUAGACUUCUCUUGAAAAAAGUUGGUUCGUUGUCUUUUACCUUCUGAUCUGUCAUCAAUUACAGGCCCGUAAACCUUUCAAAUCACUCAUGAUUACUGUUUUCUAGUCAAUGGUUCCUUAACAAACACCAAACUGCUUUCGUCAGUCAGUGAAAGUAACGUGUUUUCAGCUAUGCUAUUUCUUUUUUAGAAAGUGGCAAAGUCGUUGUCUCAUAACGCACGCUUCCGGUCAGCUCUUUUAACUGGAGGAAGAAAGCUAGUAAGUUGAAAAUGAUUAUUGACUAUAUACUAGUUCUUAUAGGGGGCAGCGUUUCUGAGCGGUGAAUGGUUUGCUCUUGCAAUCCGGGUGCUUCAAGUCCAAGCCUUUUUUUCGUGACAUAGUCUAGCUGGUUUUGUUCUCAUUUGUACCCCCCGAAUUUAACUCCUCUGUAAAGCUUGCAAAUAGCCCACUGGUUUGCCUCCAGCUAAAUGGCGUACAUCGUUUUGUAAUUUCAAUCAUUUGUUUCUGUCUUUAUUUGUGGUCUACAAUUCAAACUACGGGUUACCAGCAUUUGUGUGACCCCUACAUAAGGUCAUUCAGUUCCCCUUGUUCUGAAACUAAAGCAGUAGGUAAAUCGGAUGGCCCUAUACAAUAUUCAUGUUUUCGUUUAUUUCGUUUGUAUGCACAUAUUUUAUAAAAUCUUAAAAUCUCUCUUUCAGACAUACGCCUGUCUCGUUUAUACGUUAACCUAGAACCACUUCCGGUGCUUAUAAGUAGUGUUCCAUGGUAGCUGUUUUCGUAUUUAGCAUUAUUACAAGUGAUUUUAUACUUAAGCGAAGUAUCAUUAUCUAGGGUGGACAAUGCGUUUACAGCACGGCGUGAUUUCUCUUUCGAAGCAACUCAAAAAAGGGUUAAUGAAUUGUGUUUUGCUGUUGUUGUAUUUUGGUUUUCUUUUUCCUUAGAGAGUUUUAAAGUCAGGAUUUGAAUCUCCAGUUGAUCUUCUUGUCGGAACACCAGGAACGUUACUGGAAUUUCUAGAAAGAGGUAAAGGGUAAAGAAGUUUAAUGAUCACAAUAUGUUUCGUUAAAAUUGCCCAUGUUCAACGGUGGUACGCCACUGGGCCUUAUUCACACGGCGGCUAUAUUGUUCCGAGAGACUGGAAAAUCUUUGUUUUACCACCCUCGACCUCGCAGUAAAAAACUUGGGAACGAGGCUAGACAGGUAAAACAAUGCAACUUUAGUCUCUCGGGACAAGAUGGCCGCUGUGUGACAAAGGCCCUUUGCACGAUGUCAUUAUUUUACUACUGCGGUCAGAAUCCUUUUCGUUUUUUCUUUCAUAUUUGAAUUUGGUACCCAGUGAGGUUUAAAUAACAGAGGCCCUAAUUUGCACAAGAAAGCAAAACCCUGAAGGAUUCUUGUCGUAGUGAUAAAUGACGUCACCGGUCAAAUGGCUUCAAAUUUUUAACCAUUUCUUAGGUUUUUUUGCACACCGUGACGUCUAUUCAGGCUCCCAUUGACUUUUUUUUUUCAAAAUGUUCAGUAUGUUUUGUGAUCUUUAAUUAUCUUCUUCAGGUCGAUUGUUUCUCUCGGACGUGUCUUACCUUGUAAUUGAUGAAGCUGAUACUAUGUUUGACAAAACCUUCAAAAACGACACCAGGCAACUUCUUGAAUCAAUCAACGUAAGUGUGCAUAAAGGUUGCGUUUUCUGAGACUUCUCUAGCUUAGAAACAUCAAACCCGAAGUCCUCCACCUUUCCUACAUAGUGAAAAGCAAUACAUGCUUAAUGUAAUUGUAAGAGGAAAUAAGCUGAAAUUCAGGGAAAAGUUGUUAGAUAGUCUUAGUUAAUAACCUUUCAGUACCUCUGUUGCUGAAAUUCAAAAAUAUGCGGUAAAUAUCCCAAACCAAAUGAAACCAUGUAAAAGCAGAGCUAAAGAGGUUUCGUUUCUAUUGUAAUACUACGGGAUUUCGUGCACAGACUCAUAGAACUGCAUCAGUAUUUUCACAGUUGACUUCUCGGGAGCAGCAGUUCUGGCGCGAGGAUUUGUGAUAUCGAUGGUUUCCAAGAGCAACAAUUAACCAAUCACAGCUCAUUGGUUUCUCAAACAAUCCGGCCCAUAAGACUUAAGGUCAUGUUAUACGAGACGAUUCGUAACGACAAUUUUUAGCGCAACACAACGUUACAACAUUGUUGCAACAUUGUUUCGAAUAGUUCCAACAUUGUUCCAACAUUGCAACGAUGUGUUGCGCUAAAAAUCGUCGAGGCGAAUCGUCCCGUUUAACAUCAUCUUCAGCCCAAAAAGCUUGUGUCCAUUCUCUCUCAAAGUUCUGUAGUGGUUUUAAUGUUGAAGUAGCAUCGGCUGUGGCCUGUUUUAACAAAUAGUAGUUGAUGCAUUUGUCAUGUAUUUAUUCUGUUCUCAGAUAAGACAAGACAAACCGUCCCAUCGCUCUAGUUUACCUAAAGACGCGCAAGUUACUGUUGUCUGUGCGACAUUACCAGAAGAAUUUUUCGAGGAUACACUCCAAGAUAUUCUACCGGUAGGGUAGAUAGAGCAUAUCGGUCAAAAGAAAAGUUUAGCACCUUUUGGUAAGGCAGAAUGCUUCUUCAAGACAGGUAGCUAAAGCGGGCGGCCAAGUCCAUGGGCGGAAAAAAAGAGUGGGAAAACGUGUAGACAAUGGAAGGCGCGGAGAACGUGUGGCAACGGGGGGAAAUGUGUUACACUGGAAACCGUGGUAACGUGUAAGGAAAAGUGUAGCUGAUCUAUGGAAAACGCGAAAGUGAUCAAAAGCGCGGGAAGCCUUUAUCGGUGCCUACGGUGGAAAAACCUUUGUCAAAAGUGGACAAACGUGUGCCUUUUAGCAAGAGUAGAAAUGAACGUAUGAGUCGCAUGACGUGUUACUUAAGUUUUUCCCUUUAAAAGACAAGUUAGAGUCUUCAAAGGUUAUAUUUGAGUUUGAGUUCUUGUUUAGCAAUAAUGUUCAGGUUCUUAUUCAAGUGUGAACAUUUACCAUUUAAAUGUUGCUCUCCUCUUCUCUCCAGCAUUUACAGGCUUGUACGUCUAGCCAUCACCGUAUCCUGCCACAUGUGAGACACAAGUUUGUGAAAAUCCCACAAAAUGAUAAACCAGGUAAUUAAUACAAAAUUUUUAUUUAUUUUGAUGGCUUUCACCGACAGAAAAAAAUUAUAAAAUGAUUUAAUCGAUAAGUAACAAAUCAACGAAAUAUAGGCGGCACCAUUGCCACAAAAAGUUAUUGUUUUAGUGGCCUUUAUUUGAAAUCUAUUGUAGGAUUUCAUCCGCAGGCUCAAGCAUUUUAUUUUCAGACCUGAAAUAGAGGAACACCUUGUACAGGAUAAUAAACUGUACUAAACGGGAACACAAGAAACUACUGCUCAGUAGCUUUCACUUGAAUGUAUUUACUUUAAGAUUCAUUUAUAGUCUCAAAAAUUAGAACCACCUUGUACAACAUAACAAGCACCACAACCAAUAAAAAUACUUCUGAGUACAGAGCUUCUAAUUGAAUGGAGUUUAUGCAGCCAAUCGUUACUUACAAAUCAGCCUUUUGGAUAUUUACAAUGAUUUUUUUGCUAUUACGGACCUUUUUUGUUUCUCUCUUUCCAUACAGAACAACUUUUAGAACUUCUGAGAGAAGACCUGUCGUUGCACAAUCGACGAACUGUUGUGUUCUGCAACACUACACCAAGCUGUGAUUUUAUAGGACAUUAUCUCACAAAUAACGGCAUCUCACAUAUCAAACUCCACAGCACCAUUGCUAUUGAGGUAGAGGAACUUGGAAGUAGUCUAUCAAUUUCACUGGCACAGACCUACCCAGUGGGGAUGGGCUUGCAGACCUUCCAUAGGGCGUGGGCAAGAAGACCUACCAAGUGGGGAUGGGCUUGCAGACCUUCCAUAGGGGGUGGGCAAGCAGACCUACCUAGUGGGGUUCAGGCCGUACCCUACCCACCCCUACCAGUUUGAACGUAGACCUCGCAAUGGGAAUGGGUAUACAGACCUACAUAGUGGCGUCGGAGACCUACCCAGUUGGAAUCAGGGCUUGCAGACCUACCCAAUGGGGAUCAGGGCAUGCAGACUACACAGUGGGGAUGGGCACGCAGACCUAUCCCAUGGAGCCGUGGGAUCUACCCAGUGGCGAAGGGCGUGUAAAUCUAGCGAGGGGGGUGAGGGGGGGGAGGGGGGGGUUGCGCGUCCAGACCUACCCUGUUUGUUUCCUUUCUUCCUAUUCACUAUCACAACCGCCCUCUUUGUGUAACGUAGUUUGUGGGUACGUUCACUCAAUACGGCACUUGCUUGAUCUCAUUAUGAUGAUCUCGUUUUGACUCACCAUAGCUCCUGGAUUUGUUUGGUUGUUUGGUUGAUUCAUAGGGUAAAUUAAAUAGCGCCUUGGUGUGUAUGGGGAGGAGAUAGAAUUUUAUCCCAUACACCUUAAAUUCAUGAAACUGUCCGUAACUCUUGUACUCGACAUUAAUAGACUUUGCCUUUCCUCCGAGGCAAUUUUGUGCAUUUUUUAAUUGCAUGACUGGAUGCAUUAAUUGUUGUCUGCCUUACCUGUUGUAGGAAAGAAGUAAGUUGUUCAAAGAUUUUCAAGAAGAAAAAGAGCGGAUUCUUGUUUGUACUGACGUAGGGUCCAGAGGCUUAGAUACUAACGUAAGAUGUCGUUUUUGUGACGUCAUCACUGCUUUUCUGUAUUGAUAGUAUAGAGUGUUUUCACGUGACGUCACGGCGGCCAUAUUGGUGUCCUAAAACAAUGAUACGGCGGCCAUGUUGGUGUCCCAAACCACUCCUCUGGGAGUUGAACUCUUUUCUUAUGCAAAUGCUUUCUUUUGUCCCAAUAAAUUUGCAUAGAUGAUGGCCACGUGAGUGAAAACGCUCUAUAGAGUUUAGCCAAGAUAACUGCACAGGUCUGCACGUACGCUAAAUAUUACCGUUUAGCUAACUUUGUCUUCUUCAGAAGACUUGUUCACCAGCUCCACGUCUUCCCUCGUUCUUCCCAUUUACUCACCUUCAUUGCUCUUAACGCCGAUGUGACAAAGAUUCGUUUUUCAAGUUCAUAAUGGUGGAAUGUUGAUCAUGAAUGAAUAAAUGAAUGAAUAUAUGAAUGUUAAUCUGUGAAGGUCCUUUACACUUACGCAGCGUUUAUCAAAAAACGUUAAACAAAGUGUUGAAACGAGUAUCAACAAGUACGAUUAAAAACGUUUUUGCUUGCCACUGACUUUGGUUUUGUGAGUUAAACUUGAUUUAAAUAUAACUUCGAUAUCUUUUUAAACAGGUGAAUCAUGUGAUCAAUUUCGACUUUCCAAUAAGUGUCACGGACUAUAUUCACCGCGUGGGAAGAACUGGUCGCGUAAGGACUGUUCCGAGGCAGGAUGACGUCGCUAUGGCCACGAGCCUAAUGUCACAUAACAGAGAUGUGAGAAUGGCCCUGGCAAUCGAGGUUUGAAUUGUUUUUUUUUUUUCUUUUUUUUUUUAAAGGUUGGCAGCUAGUAUCUAGUAUCAGAGUAUAGAUAAGUACAGUUAUCUCUCUUACAAAGGCGCUGUGUCACAAAAUUUAUCAAAAUUCAGAAAGAAGCAAGUGCCACAAAAUUGAGUGAAACAUAAAAAUAACCCCCUCAAAAUAUUAAAAGAAGGUAUAAAUGGCACAGCAAAUACAAAACAAGGCACGGAUAGAUGGAUGUGUUUCUUGAUUGUUUGCUGGUUUUUUUUUUUAAAGCUCGUUAAGGAAGGUAUCAGUUGUUUUCCUACUUGAAUUUUGGUAUUUGUAAUAUUUGGCUGAGUGCUUGUUUGACGCAAAACUGCAAUUUUAUCAUCAAGUUAUUUUUCCCGAACGUUAACCCAUUUCAGACCGAGCUUUUUUCGCUCCUUCGACGUGGGGGCCUCGGAGGCCCCCCUCUAUAUCUUAAAAACUGCUUAUGAUACAACCACCGUAACGAUGCACUUAUCAUCAGGAAUAGACACUGUUGAAUUUUGAACCCAGCAGUUUCUCGAAUUAGGCUUUAAAAUGCCCGGAUUAUAUAAACAGUCAUAAUAAAUUUGAUGAAGCGUUACGACGCCUUAAAAAAUUUUCCAGAUAAAUUUGCAGCGAAGUCGCUAAGUUGGUCCGUCAUAGCUUGAAUGGUUUUGAAUUUAUUAAACUUUAAAUCGAGAGGGGUCUCAAACACUAUAAUUUCACUAACACCCUAAAAAGUUAAAAAGUUGUGAAUAGCUGCAAACAGCAUAUCAUAAAAUUGCGAAAAUAAGCCCCUCCAUGUAUAAGCCCCUCCAAAUAUACGCCCCCCGGGGGUUUGUACUUGGAAAUUGCCCUCAAAUACAAAGUAAAACAAAGCAAAAACGGUAAAUUUACUUCCAACUAUAGGGCUAGCCCUAUUGAUUUUGAAACGCAAAUUUCCUCCGUAGAUAAGCCCCUCCAAAAACAAGCCCCACAAAAAGGGCCGUUGAAAAAUAUCAGUCCCGGGGCUUAUUUUCGGAAUUUUACGGUAACACUCCUUAAAUAUACUGAGACAUCUCGUCUGCAGUUUUAAAUGCAAAGUCCAAUUGAAAAAAAUAAAAUAAUGAAGGUUGCAACUUUUUUUCUCCCUAGGAAGCGGCGAGAAAAAACAAGUGUUUGAAAAGUAUUGAAGUUCGCAACCUGCCAAAAGAGCAAGCAAGACAUUCUAAGAAGCCUGGGCAGGUUAAAGUAAAACGUUCUAAAGGGACCGUUGAUAGAACGGUGCUGAGGCGCAAGUCACGUGAUGUAGUUGUACAACAG